AUGUCAUUUUUUGGUUUUGACACUAGUGGCCCUGCGUCUGGGAACGUCCAUGGGUCAUCCGGCAAUUCUAAUAAACCUUUAGAUUUUGAAGAUACUUAUAGAGGCUUUGGUGAAUACGAAAGAGAAGAGGACGAUUAUUUGAACGAUGAGACUUUUGGUGCUGAAGUUGAAUUUGGUACUGAUUUCGAUUUUGGGCAUUCCAAUUUAGGUGGUGGGGCAUCUGGAUCAAGAAGUGCCAAUGUUUCUGGUCAGGGCGCAACAACUUCAGGAUCGUAUGCGACUAAUUCAAGAUCAUAUGCUGUAGCAGCUUCUUCUGCUCCUGUUCAACAACAACAACAACAACAGCAACCUAUGGAUACUAAUUUGGAUAUGAGACCAAUGGAGUCCUUGUGGGGCAAUGAACCUGUUCAAAACAUGUUGCCUCCACAACUACAACAACAACAGCCACAACAACAACAACAACAGCAACAACCAUCACAACCACCACAACCACCACAACAACAACAGAAUGUAAUGCCUCAAGGCCCACUUCCUGGGGCUAUCUCAAUGGAAGAAUUGGAAAGACAACAGCGUCAAAUGCAGAUAUCUAACCAACAAACCUUUAUCCAAGGCUAUCCUCAUCAACCUAUACCACAAGGUAAUGCGCAAUUUGGUAAUCAAUACCAGAUGAACAUGCCUCCCGGUAUUCCUGGACAAUACCAACAAAUGCCACCUCAAAUGUUUCCACAACAACAACAAGGUCAACAACAACAAUUUCCUCCUCAAAUGUACCCUCAACAACAAAUGAACUUUAUGUCACAACAAUUUCAACCACCUCAACCACAUAUGUUACAACAAAAACAACCACAACAGCCUCAACAACAAAUGCAACAACCACAACAGCAAGCUCCACAACAACAGCCCGUGCAACAACAACCAUCUCAGCAACAACAAUUGCCUCCACAACAAUUGCAACAUGCUGAUGUUGAAUCAUUGGCUUCCUCAGAUGCUUCUCAAAAAUACGCUUCCUCUUUACCAACUCCUCCACAUCAACACUCCCCAUUAUACCAACAAAGAGAAGGUGUUAACCAAAAUACCAUGAGAGAAUCUAACCGUCGUAUGUCAAAAAGAGGUGAACCAUUGUCCCCAGAGGAACAAAAAAGACUACAAAUACGUCAAGCUAAAGUUGAAAAAAUUCUGAAAAACGCUGGUUUAAUGACCCCUCGUGACAAAGAUUUCAUUACACGUUACCAAUUGUCUCAAAUUGUUACUGAAGACCCUUACAAUGAAGAUUUUUAUUACCAAGUCUACAAGAUCAUCCAAAGUGGUGGUAUUGCUGGCAAGUCGAAUAAAGAUUUAAUUGCUCGUGCUUACUUGGAACAUUCAGGUCAUAGAUUGGGUGGUCGUUAUAAGAGAGCUGAUGUUGCCUUACAAAGAAUGCAAAACCAAGUUGAAAAAGCUGUAACUGUAGCAAAGGAAAGACCUCAAAAGAAUAAGGACCAUUCAGAUAUUGCUCGUGAAGGUGUCUUGGGUAAAAUUUCCUCUGCAAUGAACAGUAAAGCUCCUCGUAGACAAUUGCAAAUUCCUUCUCCAAAGUCAGGUGAAGAAGAAGAUGAAGAAUUAAGUGGAAAACUAUCGAAUGCUUCAACUCCUGUUUUAGAAGAAGUUACCGAAUCAUUGAACAAUGUUGGUAUUAGUGAAAAUUCCAGAUCGAGAAGAAGAUCUUCAUACGCCUUUUCAUCUGUUGAUCAAAGCUCAGUUUUAUCUCGUUCCGGUGGUAGAAAGUUUGUUUUAUCUUUAAUCGAAUCUGUUUAUGAAGUAGUUUUGGAAUUAGAAGCACAGUUAAGAAGCGGCAAAACAACCGAUAACUCUAGUCUAUGGGAAUCAUUGCACAUUGGCGAUGAAUCAUUUGAAGUAUGUCCUUUCAUCUCUAUGUUGUCCUUUGACAAAGGUGUAAAAAUAAUUCCAAGAAUAUUCAAUUUCUUAGACAAACAACAAAAAUUACAAUUGUUGCAAACUUUCUUCAGUGAAUUAUCUCACUUGAAUGUUAUCAUCAUUAGUUCUUUCAAAACCAAUCCAUCCCCAACUGAUUCACAACUAAAGAAAAUUGAAUUAUUCCAAGCUGUCUUCUUGAAGAUUAUAGUUUCAUUCCUAUCAUCCAGUGCCAACUUCAUUGAAAUCAUGGGUCUAUUGUUGCACUUAAUCAGAAAUAAUAACGUUUCCUUUAUUUCUACAUCAAAACUUGGUUUGAAUUUAAUUACGAUCCUAAUUUCUCGUGCUGCAUUAAUCAAGCAAGAUAGUAAUAGAACUAACAGUCUAUCUUCACCAGACAUUCAAGCAUGGAACGAAGUUUACGAUAAACUAUUCAUCUCCUUGGAGACAAAAUUAUCCUUAGUUUUCCCUCCAAAGGACUACCAGGACAAAGUUGUAAAGGAAACCUCAUCUUCUUUACCAUCGUCAUCAUCAUCAACCGGAUCAAGCCCUCAACAAUCUUCUCCUCAAUAUUACGAUCAAGCUUACAUAUGGCAAUUCCUAGCUUCUCUAGCAUUGAGUGGUAAAUUGAACCAUCAAAGAAUUAUUAUAGAUGAAAUUAGAGAUGAAAUCUUUGGCACAAUCAAUUCUGCUGAAGACUUAACAAAAGCUAACCCUCAAGACCAAUCAGCACUAUAUAGAAGAGAAAAAUUAUACCAAGACUUGAACCUAUUCUUAAAUGUUAUGGGUUUAGUUGCAAGAAAUGGUGAAAUCAGCGAAUUAAAGUAA